AUGGAGGGCCACGUCGGAGACCAGCCCCGUGAAUUCUUCAUCAUGCUCCACAAGCCGGUGCACGGUCGCCUUCGUCUCCCCACUCAGUUCGCUCGGGAGAUGGAGCUCGACCCACCGCCGGCUUUGAGGCUGCAUAUGAGGGGCUGCUGGAAUGGCAGCAUGCGGGUCGACAUCGACUUCCCCGCCCCCCAUGUUAUGUAUCUCCGCAGUGGAUGGAAAACCUUCGCUCGUGCCCAUAGCCUGUUGGAGGGGCUCGUCCUCCACUUCAAAUUGAUGGAGAACGGCCUGCUCUCCGCCAAGGUCUUUGGGCACUUGGGAACUCUCCUAAGGUGUUGUGUGGAGAGCUCCUUUGAUGAUGAAACCUCCUCCUCGAGCGGCAGUGACGAGGAGGACAGCGACAGCGACGAUGAGGGCGUCAAGCAGGAGGACGCCGACUCCGACUGA